AUGGCGGCGGCGGGCGGCAGGAGGGGCAAGGCCCCGCGCGGAGCGGCACGGCGGCGCCCGCGAGCGGCGGUCCCGGGCACCGAGGGAAGGCCGCAUGCGGCUGCCGGCCGACCCAUCGAUGAGGAGGUGUCCAGCGACUCAGAGCCGGAGAGUCCGUCGUUGGGGCGGCGGCGACGGCGGGAGGCAGCGGAGGAGGAGGUGGAGGAAACGCCGCAGGAAAAGAAGCUGCGUCUGGCCAAGCUGUACCUGGAGGAGCUCCGCCAGCACGAAGAGGAGCGGGCAGCGGAGGAGGAGGAGGAAGAGGCUCUGCCGACGGAUCUCAUCGGUGACCGGCUAAAGGAGGACGUGCUCGAGCAGAAGGGGCGGCUGCAGCGCCUGGUCGCUAAAGAUGUGCAGACUCCAGAUCCGGCUAGCAUCCGUGUGCUGCGGGGGCACCAGCUGCCUGUCACCUGCCUGGUCAUCUCUCCCGAUGAUAGGUUCAUCUUUUCCGCUUCCAAGGAUGGCUCCCUGAUCAAAUGGGAGGUGGAAAGUGGGAAGAGGCUGUGUGUGGUCCCUGGAGCAAAGAAGGGCACUGAGGAGCGGCACAUGGGGCAUGCAUCCCACGUCCUCUGCAUGGCUAUCUCAUCAGAUGGCAAGUACCUGGCCACAGGAGACAGGAACAAGCUGAUCAUGAUCUGGGAUGCAGCCACCUGCAAGCGCCUGCACAUCUUCACUGGACACCGUGAUGCCGUUUCGGGUCUGUCCUUCCGGAAGGGCACACACCAGCUGUAUAGUGCUUCCCAUGACCGCUCCGUUAAGGUCUGGAAUGUGGCAGAGAACGCAUAUGUGGAGACCCUGUUUGGGCACCAGGAUGUCAUUACGGGGCUAGAUAGCCUGAGCCGGGAGUGCUGCGUGACAUCAGGGGGAAGGGAUGGCUCUGUGCGGCUCUGGAAGAUCCCUGAGGAGUCACAGCUCGUGUUUUCUGGGCACCAGGGUUCCAUUGACUGUAUCCAGCUCAUCAACGAGGAGCACAUGGUGUCAGGUGCCGAUGAUGGGUCUAUAGCUUUGUGGGGGCUGACAAAGAAGAAGCCACUGGCUUUAGUCCGGCAAGCACACGGCAUGCAGGGCAACCAGGACCUUCAGCAGCCAUACUGGAUCUCAGCAGUGGCUGCCCUGCGCAGCAGUGACCUCCUGGCUACAGGCUCCCACAGUGCCAGCGUGAAACUCUGGAAGUGCAGUGAGGGAUUUCGGAAGCUGGAGCCACUAUGGGACAUCCCCUUGGUGGGUUUUGUCAACAGCCUCAAGUUCUCAUCAGCAGGUGACUUCCUAGUGGCUGGCCUCGGGCAGGAACACCGGCUUGGCCGGUGGUGGAGAAUCAAAGAAGCCAAAAACAGCAUCUGCAUCAUCCCCCUGAAGCGGAGAGCAGCACCCCCUAGCCCCAAACCCCCUGAUAGCUUCCAGUGCCCUACCUCUGGAGCUGCUGGAGCCAGUCACUAA